AUGUCGUAUUGUCCGUAUGGAUCCUGGACCCUCUCCUGCUUAUGGCCGCUUGUCGUGGACCUUGCGCGUAACUCGCUCUGCAGUGUUCACUGCCUGUGCUUGUCAAUAAACGUCGUCGACGGCCAAAUUGGGAAACUGGACAAGACAAAAGUGGAACUGCCGACGUUUCCGACACGAGGGAAGAAGGAAGGAGGGAAGGAAGGGGGGAAGGAAGCAGCGUAUGAGAAAUCCGGACGGAAUGAGGAAUGGGGAUUGAGGAAUGCAGACGGAGGACAGAGGAAUUGCAGCACUACGACGUUCAAUGCGCUGUGA